AUGCAAAUGGAGGAGGCGGAUGCGCUGUAUGAAGACUUGAACCUGCUGAAAGAACUCAUGGCCGUGAAGGACAAAGAUAAGCCGUCACAGGACCAGCUGUUUAGGGAGAUGGUUCUGAAGGAGUUUCCUCAGGUGGAACAGGAGCUCAAGGAGUGCAUAGGGAAGCUCCACGCGCUGGCAGACAGUGUUGACAAGGUACACAGGGACUGUACCAUCUCUAACGUGGUGUCUAGUUCCACUGGCAUUGUGUCUGGCAUUCUGACCAUUGCUGGCCUGUCCCUGGCACCUCUGACAGCAGGGGCCAGUCUGGUGUUUACAGCAACUGGGGCAGGACUGGGGGUAACAUCUGCCGUGACCGGUGUGUCCACCAGCAUCGUGGAAAUCAUCAAGAAUGAGUCAGCAAAAGCCGCAGCCAGUCACCUAGUGUCAGAUGCCAUCGACUAUGACAAGCUGCUCUUUGAGGAUUUAAGUCACAGAGCGCCCAGAUUGUUUUCCUUAGUAAUGUGCAUCCGAUCUGUGCAGAAAAUUGUGAAGAACGUCCGUGCCUUUAAAGUGGCCAAAGCCAGACCUGUCUUAGCAGCAAAGGCCAUGGUUCUUUUGACCACAGGGAAAAUUUCAACCCGAAGCAGCAGUCAGGUACAGAAAGCUUUUGGUGGCACUGCUCUGGCAAUGACCAAAGGAGCCAGGAUGCUUCGUUUGGUCGCUGCAAGUGCCUUCCUUCUGGUGGAUGUGUACAGCAUUGUGAAGGAUUCAGUGCACUUGUAUGAGGGGCCAAAGGCAGAGCUGGCUGAACAAUUGAGGGAUCGGGCCCAGAGUCUGGAGAGGAUGCUGAAGAGACUCAGAGAGAUUCACAAGAUUCUACAGGAUGUCAUGUGCUCCAAGGAUGUAGUAUAUCGGCGGACCCCGUUGACUGCCUCGCGGGCCGAGGCAAGUGGCGCCCAACGUGGGGCCUCGCUGACAGCCUGUGCGGACCGCUGUCCCCGUUGA